AUGAUGAGCUCUGUGCAAAAAGUAACUUUGCUCAUUCUUGCCGUGUUUCAACCCUCAGUUAUUUUGGCACAACAAGUCGCCCUAGGAGGAUGUACCCAUCUUGGGCAGGCUUAUGCUGACAGGGAUGUUUGGAAACCAGAGCCAUGCCAAAUCUGCGUGUGCGACUCGGGAUCUGUUCUCUGCGAUGACAUCAUCUGUGAUGAUCAGGAGCUGGACUGCCCCAACCCAGAGAUCCCUUUUGGAGAGUGCUGUCCAGUUUGUCCACAAACAACAACACCACCUCCAAGAGUAAUAGUCAGCCGAGGCCCCAAGGGAGAUCCUGGUUCUCCUGGAGUUCCAGGCAGAAAUGGUCCCCCUGGCCCACCAGGACAGCCAGGGAGCCCUGGAGCUCCAGGGCCCCCUGGAAUCUGCCAGUCAUGUCCCAGUAUAAGUGGAGGUAGUUUUUCUCCACAGUAUGACUCCUAUGAUGUGAAGGCUGGUGGAGCUGGUAUCGGGUACCCGCAACCCAUUAGUGGCUUUCCAGGACCCCCUGGCCCCAGUGGCCCCCCUGGCCCACCUGGACAUGCAGGUCCCCCUGGCUCUGCUGGAUACCAGGGCUCCCCUGGAGAACCAGGACAACCUGGCCCUCCCGGACCUCCAGGCCCUGUUGGAAUGAUAGGCCCAGUUGGUCCACCAGGAAAAGAUGGAGAACCAGGAAGACCAGGCAGGAAUGGAGACCGCGGAAUCCCUGGAUUACCGGGUCACAAAGGACACCCUGGAAUGCCUGGGAUGCCUGGGAUGAAAGGCCAACGAGGUUUUGAUGGAAAAGAUGGUGCCAAAGGUGACAGUGGUGCUCCUGGUCCAAAGGGUGAAACUGGUCUUCCUGGAGUAAAUGGAGCACCAGGCCAACCGGGACCAAGAGGUCCAGCUGGAGAAAGAGGAAGACCUGGGAAUCCCGGUGGCCCUGGUGCCCAUGGCAAAGAUGGAUCUCCAGGAGCAGCAGGCCCACCUGGUCCCCCAGGUCCCCCUGGAACCGCAGGAUUUCCAGGCUCUCCAGGUUUUAAGGGUGAAGCUGGUCCUCCUGGUCCUGCUGGUGUUAGUGGUAGUCCUGGAGAGAGGGGAGAACCUGGUCCUCAGGGAAAUGCUGGGCCACCUGGGCCUCAGGGCCCUCCUGGAAGAGCUGGAAGCCCUGGAAACAAGGGUGAAAUGGGACCUUCUGGCAUUCCUGGUGCUCCUGGUCUGCCAGGAGGCCGUGGUCUUCCAGGUCCUCCAGGUGCAAGUGGAAACCCUGGAGCAAAAGGCAGUCCGGGAGACCCUGGUAAGGAUGGUGCAAAAGGAGAUCCAGGCCCAAAAGGCGAGCGCGGUGAAAACGGCACCCCAGGUGCUCCUGGGCCUCCUGGUGAGGAAGGGAAGAGAGGUGCAAAUGGAGAACCUGGGCAGAACGGAGUACCUGGUACCCCUGGAGAAAGGGGCUCCCCUGGCUUCCGUGGCUUACCCGGUAGUAAUGGGCUUCCAGGCGAAAAGGGUCCUGCAGGUGAGCGUGGCAGCCCAGGUCCCCCUGGCCCCAGCGGACCUGCAGGAGAGCGUGGACAAGACGGAGGCCCAGGUCUUCCUGGAAUGAGAGGCUUGCCCGGAAUUCCAGGAAGCCCUGGAAGCGAUGGGAAGCCUGGCCCUCCCGGCAAUCAGGGUGAAUCUGGACGCUCUGGCCCACCUGGCCCUCCAGGCCCCCGUGGCCAGCCUGGUGUGAUGGGUUUCCCUGGUCCUAAGGGCAAUGAGGGUGCACCAGGCAAGAACGGAGAAAGAGGCCCUGGUGGACCACCUGGACCACCUGGUCUUGCUGGGAAGAAUGGUGAUGUUGGCCUUCCAGGUCCUCCAGGACCUACUGGUGCUUCUGGAGAGAGAGGAGAACCAGGACCAGCAGGCCCACCUGGCCUCCAGGGAUUGCCUGGUGGACCAGGACCAGCUGGAGAGAAUGGAAAGCCUGGAGAACCAGGGCCAAAAGGUGAUAUUGGAGGACCUGGAUUCCCAGGCCCUAAGGGUGAAAAUGGUAUCCCAGGAGAACGUGGUGCACAGGGUCCUCCAGGACCUCCUGGAACAAGAGGUGGACCAGGUCCUGCUGGCACAGAAGGUGCCAAGGGUCCUCCUGGCCCACCUGGUCCCCCUGGAGGCACAGGACUGCCUGGCUUACAGGGAAUGCCAGGAGAAAGAGGAGCUUCUGGAAGCCCUGGACCAAAAGGGGAGAGGGGAGAACCUGGUGGUAAAGGUGCUGACGGCCUUCCUGGUGCAAGAGGAGAGAGAGGCAAUGUAGGUCCCAUUGGCCCUCCUGGUCCUGCUGGCCCACCUGGAGAUAAGGGAGAGACUGGCCCAGCAGGUGCCCCUGGCCCAAUGGGUUCCCGUGGAGGUCCUGGUGAACGAGGAGAACAAGGUCUUCCUGGGCCCGCUGGCUUCCCUGGAGCCCCAGGCCAAAAUGGGGAACCUGGUGGCAAAGGAGAAAGAGGCCCCCCUGGUCUGAGAGGAGAGGCCGGACCCCCUGGAGCAGCUGGUCCACAGGGCGGCCCUGGUGCCCCAGGUCCACCAGGUCCCCAAGGAAUAAAAGGAGACCGUGGAUCUCCUGGCGGGCCUGGUGCUGCUGGUUUCCCUGGUGCUCGUGGUCUACCUGGUCCCCCUGGUAACAAUGGUAGCCCAGGUCCCCCUGGUAACGCAGGCCCUGCAGGCAAGGAUGGGCCUCCUGGACCCCCUGGCAGUUCUGGUGCUCCUGGAGGUCCAGGACCUGCUGGAAUCAGAGGUGAGCCCGGCGCACCAGGAGAAAAAGGGCCCCCAGGAGCCCGAGGAGAAAGGGGGGCUCCAGGUGAGCCAGGUCCUCAAGGCAUCGUUGGCGGCCGGGGGAACACGGGUCUGCCAGGCCUGCGUGGCCCCAGCGGCCCACCCGGGAUGGCAGGGGCCAAGGGUGAAGAUGGUAAACCAGGCACCAAUGGUAUCCCAGGAGAACGUGGUGCUCCGGGUCCCCAAGGUCCUAUUGGACAAAGAGGCUUACCUGGAGAGCCUGGCAGAGAUGGUAACCCUGGCUCCGAUGGCUUGCCUGGACGUGACGGAUCCCCAGGAGGCAAAGGUGACCGUGGUGACAAUGGCUCUCCUGGCCCUCCAGGACCCCCUGGCCAUCCUGGACCUGCAGGUAAUGCUGGUGCACCUGGAAAAGCUGGUGAAAGAGGAUUUCAGGGUCCACCUGGCCCUCCUGGCUCUACUGGUCCUGCUGGUGCUCGUGGUCCUGCUGGUCCUCAAGGUCCUCGUGGUGAUAAAGGUGAACCUGGUGAACGAGGGAGCAAUGGCAUAAAGGGUCACAGAGGGUUUCCUGGUACCCCUGGUCUCCCUGGCCCUCCUGGUCCCCUGGGUCCACAAGGUGCAAUUGGAGGUCCAGGAGCUUCAGGUGCAAGGGGUCCCCCAGGCCCAGCUGGGCCACCUGGAAAAGAUGGUACCAGUGGCUACCCAGGUCCAAUUGGUCCUCCCGGCCCUCGUGGUACCAGAGGUGAAAGCGGCCCUGCCGGUCCACCAGGGCAGCCUGGUCUUCCUGGUCCUGCUGGACCUCCUGGCCCAUGUUGUGGUGGUGGUGCAGCUGCCCUGGGUGCUGGUGAGAAAGGUCCAGUUUCCUAUGGGUAUGAAUACCGAGAUGAGCCCAAGGAGAAUGAUAUCAAUCUGGGUGACAUCAUCUCUUCAAUGAAAUCCAUUAACAACCAGAUUGAAAACAUCAUUAGUCCUGACGGGUCACGGAAGAAUCCAGCUCGUAACUGCCGAGACCUGAAGUUCUGCCAUCCCGAGCUCAAGAGUGGAGAGUACUGGGUUGAUCCUAACCAAGGCUGCAAGAUGGAUGCUAUUAAAGUCUACUGCAAUAUGGAAACUGGUGAGACCUGCCUCAAUGCUAACCCCAGGACUGUGCCAAGGAAAAACUGGUGGACCAGUGGAAACAGUGGAAAGAAACACGUUUGGUUUGGAGAGUCUAUGAAUGGAGGCUUCCAGUUCAGCUAUGGAGAUCCUGAGCUCCCAGAGGAUGUCUCUGAAGUUCAGCUGGCCUUCCUGCGCAUCCUCUCCAGCCGUGCCUCCCAGAACAUCACCUACCACUGCAAGAACAGCAUUGCCUACAUGGACCACGACAGUGGGAAUGUUAAAAAAGCUCUGAAACUCAUGAGCUCUACAGAAAGUGAGAUCAAGGCUGAAGGAAACAGCAAAUUCACAUAUGCUGUUCUGGAAGAUGGCUGCACUAAGCACACUGGUGAGUGGGGUAAAACAGUUUUCGAAUACAGGACGCGCAAGACCGUGAGGUUGCCAGUGGUUGAUAUUGCACCAUUAGAUAUUGGUGGUCCUGAUCAGGAAUUUGGCGUGGACAUUGGCCCAGUCUGCUUCUUAUAA